CAGCAGCAGAUGUUGCAGCAGCAUAUGCAGCAGCAGCAGAGGCAGCAGUAGCAGAGGCAGCAGCAGCAGAGGCUGCAGCAGAAGAAGCUACAGAAGCAGAAGCAGCAGCAGCAGAGGCAGCAGCAGCAGAAGCUGCAGUAGCGGAAGCUGCAGCCGCAGAAGCAGCAGCAGCAGAAGUUGCAGUAGCAGAAGCUGCAGCAGCAGAGGCUGCAGCAGCAGAAGCAGCAGCGGCACAAACAGCAGCAGCAGAAGCUGCAGCAGCAGAAGCUGCAGCAUUAGACGUUGCAGCAGAAGCUGCAGCAGCAGAAGUUGCAGCAGCAGAAGUAACAGCAGCAGAAACUGCAGCAGCAGAGGCAGCAGCAGCAGAUGCCGCAGAGGCUGCAGCUGCCGCAGAGGUUGCAGCAUCUGCUGCAGCAGCAGCUGCUGCUGCUGCAGCUGCUGCAGCAGCAGGAGAGGAGGAGGUGGGAGCAGCAGCUGCUGCAGAUUGCGCAGGAGCAGCAGCACCUACGUCAGAAACAGCCUCCUACGAUGCGGACGAGGCACGCAGCAGCAGCAGCAGCAGAAGCAGCAGCAGCAGCAGAAGUAGCAGCAGCAGAAGAAGCAACAGAAGCAGCAACAGCAGCAUCUCUGCAUGGGAGGAUUCGUUAGCAUCCGCAACAGCAAUAGCAGCAGCAGCAGAGGCAGCAGCAGCAGCUGCUGCAGCAGCAGUAGCUGCAGCAGCAGAAGCAGCAGCAGCAGCAGAAGCAGAAGCAGCGGCAGCGGCAAGAGCAGCAGCAGAAGCCGAAGCAGCAGCAGAAGCCGAAGCAGCGGCAGCAGCAGAAGCAGCAGCAGCAGCAGAAGCAGAAGCAGCAGCAGCAGCAGCAGCAGCAGAGGCGCAGAGCAGCAGCGCUUUCGUCCUCCCUACCCCAUUUGAAUGGGACACAAGACUGGAGAGGAAAGAAGCAGCAGCAGCAGCAGCAGCAGCAUCAGCACGACCAGAAGCAGCAGAAGCAGCAGCAGAAGCAGCAGCAGCAGCAGAAGCAGCAGCAGCAGCAAUUCCUCUCCCCUCUGAAUGGUUAUCUGUGCGGCUGCAGCUGCGGGGAUCGCCUCCUAGCAGCAGCAGCAGCAGCAGCAGCAGCACAAGCCCUACAACUAAGCAUAUAGCUAGUGCUGCUGCUGCUUCUGCUGCUGCUGCUGCAGAUACAGCAGCAGCAGCAGCAGCAGGCUGGCUACCUGCUGCUCCUUGCUACUUUGUUGAUGCAUGGAGACAGCCAGAUGAUGAUGCUGCUGCUGCUCCCUCUUUGCUGCUGUCGCUGCAGCGGCGUCCCUCUAUGCAGCAGCAGCAGUCUCUAGUUGCUGCUGCUGCUGCUGCUGCUGCUAAUGUUAAUGCAUGCGGUGAUGAUACAGCUGCAACAGCAGCAGCAGGUGGACAGGAAGAAGCCCUUGUUGCUGCUCUUGCUGAUGCAGCAGAGCAGCAAGCAGCAGCAGCAGCAGCAGCACAUGAGAGCGCAAGCGCAGCAGCAACAGCAGCAGCAGCAGGAGAAAUCCUAUCAGAGGAAGCAGCAGCAGCUGCUGCUAGCAAGAACUAUGUGGAGUAA